CAGUUCAACCAUGCUGCAGUAUCUAUCGCGGAAGGUCGUCCUUAGUUAAUAUUGGCCAUUGAGGGAAUCUAACACCGAUUGAAACCACGGUGUGUAAAAUUCAAACGACCUUUUGAUGGAGUUUUGUUCAAACAAGUUUGAACAGUCGGUCCGGUUUGCUGGUAUGAAGAAGGGCUGCAUGCGGAAGAGCCGCGAGUCUUAACGAGGAAGAGCCGGUGUCUCUGGAUGGCUGCGAACUCCACGGCCGAUGGGGAAGAGGAGGAGGACAGAACCCUGUGGUCCAGACCCCUUGCUCUAAAAUGGAUCCCCAUGCUGUUCAUGGGCACCUGCCUCCUCUACUGUUCCCGGAUGACCCUGCCAGUCUGCGUCGUCUCCAUGGCAGCCACUUUUCAGUGGAGUAAAAUUGAGUCCGGGCUGGUCCUGGGUGCAUUCUUCUGGGGCUACUGCUUCACACAGAUCCUCGGCGGCCAUGCCAGUGACAGAGUUGGAGGAGAGCGUGUUCUGUUCCUCUCAGCAGCUUCCUGGGCUCUCAUCACCACUAUGACCCCUCUGCUGGCUCAUCUUGGCUCUCACACCCUCGCCGUCAUGACCAUGGCCAGAAUCCUGAUGGGACUUCUCCAGGGUGUCUUCUUCCCAUCUUUGGCGAGCCUCUGCUCGCAGCGUGUAACAGAAGGGGACAGAGGAUUUCUAAUGAGCGCCAUGCAAAGUGGCAGCCAUUUUGGAACAUUGUUAGCAGGUGGGAUGGGGUCCCUGAUACGGGACCGGUAUGGAUGGGAAAGCAUGUUCUACAGUACCGGGCUCCUGUCUGGACUCUGGGCUCUCACAGUUUGGAAAUAUUUAUUAAAAGGUAAAGUUAUCCCAAAGCAGAUUUCCACAAAGAAUACCUCCCAAUCAUCUUGGUCCAGAAAACACUGGCUGAUUCUUUUCACAAGGCCCCCUGUCUGGGCCAUGAUGUUUGCUCACAUGUGCACAUGCGGCACCUUCUACACUCUGUUAUCAUGGUUACCCACAUACUUCAAAGAGUCCUUUCCUCAUGCUACGGAUUGGCUGUAUAAUGUCAUCCCAUGGCUAACUGCAAUUCCCUCAGCAAUUCUUGGAGGAAUUUUUUCAGACUUCCUCAUUAGCAGAGGAUAUGGUGUAUCAUCGGUUAGAAAAAUAAUGCAGUUCUGUGCCAUGGGCGUAUCCAGCAUGUUUGUAAUGAUGUUAUCUGGAUCGGUCACAUUCACCACCGCCCUGGUCUGCAUUUCUGCUGCUGUCAGUGCGUCCACCUUCACCAGCGGAGGAGUGUCUGUGAACGUACAAGAUCUCACUCCCUCAUGUGCAGGAGCUCUCUACGGUUUUAUGAACAUGAUGGGUGCUUUUAUGGGGCUGGUGUUGGUGUCUUUUUCCGGCUACCUGAUAGAGGUCACCCGGUCGUGGGCCACAGUCUUCUCCCUCAUCACUUUAGUAAAUGCUUCUGGUCUUGGGAUCUUCCUCAUCUUUGGAGAUUCUCAACGUGUCGACCAGCUACAUCAUUCACAGGUUAUUGUGAUUUGACACAGGCUUCUUGACAUUUGGAUGAUGGUGCUCUCCCAUCUUAACACAUGGUAGAAUAAAAAAUAAAUUACGGGUGAAAAUGAACAGACAUGGACUCAGACACUGUAUCUAUUACCUUUGGGUUGCUGAAUAUUUAUUUAGUAGAUUUGUACAAACAGUGACACCCACUGGUCAGAGAUAAAAUUAUGUGGUUACACGUUGCUUUUGCAUCAUGGCUUAGAUUUGAUCUAAGGAUAUCUGUUUUUGUUGUUCGUUAACUUCCCUUUUGUCCCAUGUUUUAAAGCGAAGCUUCACUGUUAUGAAUCUGUGGUGGGCUUCCAUAAGAGUUUGUAUAACUGACAGACAGCAGUGUACACCAGAUAAGUUACUCAAAUAAAGGUUGGAGUAACUUAUGAGACCACAUGAAACAUAUAAAUAUGUAUAUAUAUGUAUGUAUGUAUAUGAACACAUUUACAUCUUUAUACAUAUAUUUAUAUGAAUGUCCUUCAUUAAUGGAGAAUCAAAAUGUCAUGUUGUGUAUUAGCUUAUUGUCAUCAAGUGUCUGUUUAUUAAACUAAGUAAUGACUAAAGUGUUAAAAAGUUUACAUAUUUGUAAAAACAGAAAUUGCAAUUUUAUUUUUAUAUUUAAAAUAGAUAAGAAAUGUCUAAAUUAUUAUCCACUAACCUAUAAGAUUUUUUUCUUUAAAGAAUUCAUUUUCUAGCUUAUUUUUUAUUGUAUUUUGUUAUUGUUCUAUUAAAUACAAUCUGUUUCUUAUGUGGUACCAUGGAAACAAUAGCAAUAUCAAACAAACAAUGUUAUUGAAAUUAAAAAUUAAAAUCCCCAAAAAAGCUGAUAUUGUCCCAUGUGUAGUGAAAAAAUACUCAGCCUUCACACACUAAUGAGUCUUUAGUUUAUCGUCACCAUUCUGUAAACUGAUGCAAGUGCAUUUACUGCUUCUGUUUACCAUACCACUGUUAAAAAGAAAAUAAAAAAACAACCACUUGUAAUUUGUAAUUAUUAUUAUUAUUUUGGCUAAUUGCCACACUUCGGUUAUGUGUGUGUCCAUUCUUGAUAUGAUAUUGCCAAUGUUUUCUAUUUAAGAAAAUACAAAUACAUAAAUGAUAUAUACAAUCUAAAUUAUAAUAUAUAUACAUUCUUGGUUCUCUGCUUGAAUCAUCUGUUGAUGUAUAUAGUCAUUAAACUCUUUUAGGAUUUAUCCAAGAUGUUUAGUAUGUUUCUAAAUAAACCAUGUGCAACAUCAUCAACAAC